AUGCAGACUCUAUCAUUCUUAUCUUUGACUGUCACUGCGCUGUGUUCGCUUGCCAUAGCCAUUCCCAUAUCGCAAUAUGAGAUUCCAGCUGAUAAUGAGAACGAAAUGUUCAACGGCGUCUUGGUCGUUCGUGUCACACGAGCCACUCCUGUUCUUCCGCCUGGUGUAACGGAUGACACACCAGACUUUGAUCGCGGAAUGGUCAUGCUUGAUAUAUCUGAUAAGCUUUUUGGUGCAUCUGCUUCACGAGUCAUAGAUGCCUCGAAAAUUAUUGGCAGUUGGAUGAUGAAUACAGCUCGUCGCUUCGCAGCGCUCGUGCAAUACUUUAAGCCAUUUUUUGCCAAAGCGUUGAAUGUGAAAGGCUUGUAUCCACCACCACCAACCGCUGAACCAACGAGGAUGACAACAACAACAACUGAAUCCAAUUAGAUUUAAAGCAUUUGACACUUAAUUUAUAAUUAGUU